UGUGCAAACAAGUGUGUGGUAGUGAUAGUCGACAGAACUUUGUGUCGGACGAAUCUGAUGUUGAGUUAUUUAAUUUGAAGUUGAGCAGUCAGGGUAACGAACCUUAUUUUAUAAAGGUUUUUAUAGACAGUAAUUUAAUUCGAUGCGAAGUAGACACGGGAAGUCGUAUAUCAGCAAUAAGUGAAGAAAUGUAUAAUAGAUUUUUUUGUCAUAAAGUAAUUAUAAGGGAUGGCAUAAUCUUACGUUCUUAUUCAGGUACUCAGAUCGAGUCUUUGGGUUACAUUGAGGUAAAUGUACGUUUGGGCGACGUGGAAGUUAAAUCAUUACGUUUAUAUAUUAUAAAAGAAGGUGCUAGACCUUUAAUAGGACGAGAAUGGUUACGUGCGUUGAAUAUUAAAGAAAUUUAUCUUAAUGAAAUAGCGGAAGAUUCUUUUGUGAAUAGAUUAAGCAAGGAAUUUCCAGAAGUUUUUUGUAAUAAGUUGGGCACAUGUAAGAAAACUAUUCAAUUACAACUUUGCGAUAACGAACCGGUUUAUGUGCGAGCGAGACCGGUGCCACUAGCACUUCGCGCGCGAGUUGAGAACGAGCUAGCGCGUCUUGAGGCAGACGGAUCCAUUUAUCGGGUGGAGUACUCUGAUUUUGGGACCCCAAUCGUACCAGUAGUUAAAAAAAAUGGGGAGAUACGUAUUUGUGGGGACUAUAAAAUUACUGUGAAUCCCAAAUUAAAAAGAGAUUUUUAUCCAUUACCACGAAUUGAUGAAUUAUUUGCUAAUUUAAGAGGGGGGGAGCAGUUUACGAAAAUAGAUUUAACGCACGCGUACGAGCAGUGUCUUUUAUCUGAGGAAUCACAGCCGGUCACGGCCAUUACUACCCAUAUGGGUACUUUUGCUUAUCGUCGUACUCCUUAUGGUUUAUCAUGUAUACCGGAAAAAUUUCAAAAAUUAAUGGAAGAAACGUUGCGUGGAGUGAGCGGCUGUGUCGUUUUUUUAGACGAUAUUUGUGUGACAGGCUCGAAUAGAACUGAACACAUAACUAAUCUUAAGGCUGUACUCGAACGUUUGCGUAGUAUGGGGCUAACUGUCAAAUUAUCUAAAUGUAAAUUUUUGCAAGAUAGUGUUAAGUAUCUUGGUUUUAUUAUAAAUAAAGAGGGUUUGCAACCAGAUCCUGAUAAGUUACAAGCUAUUAAUAAUGCACCCACGCCAAGUAAUGUAACUCAAUUAAAAAGUUUUUUAGGCAUGUUAAAUUAUUAUGGAAAAUUUAUUGUUAAUUUAAGUACUCUUUUACAACCGUUACAUAAUUUAUUAAAAAAAAAUUCUUCUUGGGACUGGAAUUCGAAAUGUGAGGAGGCGUUUGUAAAGGCAAAGCGAUCACUCUUGAGUAAACGGGUUUUAGCGCACUAUGAGGAAGGUCGAGAGUUAGUUUUGUCAGUGGAUAGCAGCGCUUAUGGGCUGGGUGCUGUGUUAGCGCACCGCUAUCCGGGCGGGGUCGAGCGGCCCGUAAGCUGUGUUUCUCGCACGCUUAAUGCGGCGGAACGCAGUUACAGUCAAUUAGACAAGGAAGCGCUCGCUAUUGUCUUUGGUGUUUUUAAACAUCAUCAAUAUUUGUUUGGAAGACGUUUUACAUUGCGUACGGAUCAUCAACCGUUGACAUAUAUUUUUGGCAGUAAGGGAGGUAUUCCUCUGACUGCAGCAAGUCGGUUACAGAGAUGGGCAGCACGUUUGGCUGCAUAUGAUUUUACGAUAGAAUUUGUACGAUCGGUAGAUAACGGUCCAGCCGAUGCUUUGUCGCGUUUGCCGCUUCCUCAAGAGGGUCGAUUUGCAGAUUCAGUAGAUUAUCUUAAUUUGGUUGCGGACUCUUCACCUAUUUCUUAUAAAGAUAUUGCCAGGGAAACUGAACGAGAUAAUUUUUUGUGUAAAAUCAAACGGUAUAUUUUUUUUGGUUGGCCAAGCGAUCCGAGUUGUGAAGGUGAAAAACCAUAUUUUGCUAGAAAACAUGAUUUUGCUGUUGAACAAGGUUGUAUAAUUUAUAAAUAUAGAAUUGUGGUUCCAACGAAUUUACAAAAAAAUAUUUUGGAUGAAAUUCAUGAGGGUCAUUUGGGAAUAAAUAAAAUGAAAAGUUUAGCUAGGAGCUAUGUGUAUUGGGCGACUUUAGAUCGCGAUAUUGAGACUCUUUGUAGGAACUGUGGGGCGUGUCGGUCCGUGUUGGAUGCGCCACCUCGAGCCCAAAUUCACCCAUGGGAGUUUCCUUUACAUCCGUGGCAUCGUUUGCAUGCUGACUUUGCGGAAUAUGGGGGUAGGCGGUAUCUUAUUGUUGUUGAUGCAAACACGAAAUGGAUAGAAGUAUUUUUAAUGACUAAUACCAGCGCGUCUUUUACAAUUAGGGUUUUUAGAAAUAUUUUUGCAAGAUUUGGUUUACCAUCACAGCUCGUGACUGAUAAUGGUCCACCAUUUUGUUCUUUUGAAUUUGAGUCUUAUUGUGUAAGUAAUUGCAUUAAACAUACUACUUCGGCUCCUUAUCGACCUCAGGGCAAUGGAGCAGCGGAAAAUGUAGUCAAAACCGUUAAAAAAACAAUUAAAAGGGCAGUUUUUGAAGGCGAAAAUAUUGACGCAGCUCUCGAUAAAUUUCUUUUUAAAUAUCGCAACUGUGAGCAUGCCACAACUGGCAUUUCACCGGCCGUGGCGUUGCUAGGGCGUCGUUUACGUAGCCGUUUAGACGCAAUACGACCGGACGUGGCCGCCACUGUUCGGGAAAAGCAAGAGCGGCAACUCGCGAAAAUACCGCGUGCUCAGCGAGAGUUUGAAAUUGGAGAAACAGUACUUGCAAGAGAUUAUAGGCAAGGAGGGGAGAAAUGGGCUUCAGGAAAGGUGUGUAAAAGGACGGGCCCGGUUUCUUAUAAAGUUGAUUUGGGCAACGGUAUUGAGUGGCGUAGACAUGCAGACCAAAUUAUUUCAAAUAAAAACAGAUUUUCAAUGUCACGCACGAAUACAGCGGUUGUCUCAGAGCAGGAGGGUAAUGAUGGGCUAGGGUCUGAGAUGGUGGAGGUUACAACUGAAGAGAGUGAUCCUAAUAAAACUAUCAACAAAUCUGAUGAUCAAGCGUCUCAGGUGGAGCCUCAGUCAACACAGACCCUGUCCGAGUCACCGAGUUGCUCUCAGGAACUAUCGGCUCGAGCAUUGCGUGCUUUAAAGCGAGCUAAAAAUAAUAGUUGAUAAGUUAAGUAAGUUUGUCAUGAUUAAAGAUUUUAUUUUGGUUUAGUUUAUUAAGUACUAGGUUAUGUAAAUUUUGUAAUAUUUCUUGUAUUCCUAUUGUAGUGGUUUAAAAUGUAUUUCGUGGUUUGUAGGGGAAAGAUGUAGCAUCUAUCGCCUACCUGCUAUUACGAACAUUAAUAAAUUAGUCUGUCUUCCGA